AUGCAAGCCGUCUCACUCCUAGUUCUGUGCGUCAUCUGGCCAACGUCUGGAUACAACAUCUACUCUUCAGACGAAGCACCACCGCGUGAAGACAUCAACUUCGACUUCGCAUGGCGUUUCCAUCUGGGUGAUGUACCAGGUGGGAACGAAUGCCCCGUUAAUUCAUUCUCCAAGAAUCUGAGCGGCGUUGAGUGCAGGGGCCUAAAGAAAGAUGUAGCAACAACUGCAGGCGACUGUAUGAAAGACUGCUGCUCAGAUGUCAUGUGUGCAAUCUGGCAGUUCUCCUCAGCUUCGAAUCAGGGCUGCUGGAUGGGUCAAAGCGAGGAUUGCAAUCACAGUAGUGCCAUAUGGGUCGGAGGAGGCAGGCAAGUGCCUGCUCAGCCUCCUCCUCCGGCCAAGAAUGGGCCCACGUCACGUGACUAUGAUGACAAAUCGUGGGAAUUAGUGGAUGCACCACAUGAUGGGAUCAUCAGUGGCACAUACAGCCAAACAACAGGCCCAGAGAAGCACGCAUAUCUACCUACAAAUAUCACGUGGUAUCGCAAGCAUUUUAAUAUUCCAUCCGACUGGAAAGGCAAAUCGAUUUGGGUCUACUUCGAAGGCGUUUUCCGUCAGUCGACUGUCUACCUCAAUGGCGAAAUGCUCUUGUAUCAUGAUAGUGGAUACACGAGCUUCUCUGUGCGACUGGAUAAUGCAACUAACGUGAUGUACGGUCAAGACAAAGCAAACGAGAAUGUGAUUGCGGUGAGAGCUGAUGCCACAAAAGGGUCUGGAUGGUGGUACGAAGGAGGAGGAAUAUAUCGACACAAUCAUCUUGUCAGUUCCGGCCGAGUACAUCUAGCAGUCGGAGGCAUAUAUGCAGCAUCGAAUGUAUCAGGAGAUAUCGAAGCACACAGUAAAGAUGAUCCAUCGGCCGGCAUGUAUGUCGAUACCUUGAUGUACUCGCCCAGUGUUGAGGUAGUCAACGACGAUGACAAUAAUGGAAAGAAACAGACGGUAACUGUGCAUUUUACACUCAUGACUGAUGAAAAGGUAGCUGCCUCUGGUGCUUCAAUGUCGAUGGACGUGUCUCCUGGUGAAACAAUCGUAGCUAAAGUUGACUUAAAACUAUCACAGGUUGAGUUGUGGAGUCCGGCCAGACCGUUUCUCUAUACUUUGCAAACAGAGGUGAUGGUUGGGUCUCAAGUGAUGGAUGCUGUCAAUACAACUGUGGGUUUCAGGAGUACUCACUGGGAUGCCGACACUGGAUUUUACGUCAAUAAUAUGCCUUUCAAAUGGCGUGGCUUUUGUGACCACAAUGAUUUCACUGGUGUGGGUGUGGCAGUUCCAGACCGUAUCAAUCUGUUCCGAGCACAAACUCUCCGAGCCGUAGGAGGCAAUUCGUGGAGAAUGUCCCACAAUCCUCCAAUUCCAGUAUUGCUCGAUAUUUUGGAUCGGCUCGGUGUCGUUGUGUGGGAUGAGAACCGACAGUUUGGGAACGACAGUGUGUGGGUAGGCAAUCAGCGUGACAUGAUCAGAAGAGAUAGGAACCAUCCAAGUGUCGUCAUAUGGUCGUUCUGUAAUGAAGGAGGCUGCAUGCAAACAAGCGGCACAGCUCCAAUGGAUGUCGGAAACGAAUUCAAGAAAGCAUCCAAAGAGGAAGACACAACACGGCCAGUUGGAGCCAACAUGAGUGGAGGUUUUGGCAAUGGACUGACUCUUGUCAUUGAAGUCCAGGGAUUUUCUCACAGAAGUGGGUCAACCUUCGAUCCAUUUCAUCAAAAGUUUCCUCAUCUGCCAAUGGUCGAGUCCGAGUGCUGCUCAUGCCGUACCCAACGUGGUGAAGACAUCGCCAACAAGACAAAACCAAACUUUGGCAACUUUAAUGGAGACUGCGAUUCUUCACAAAAUAGUGGAGAAUUUAGUCGCAAAUUCGUUGCAGGAAGCAUGGUCUGGACCCUGUUCGAUUACUAUGGUGAACCAACGCCAUAUGGUUGGCCCAUGGUCUCGUCUUCAUUUGGAUCUAUGGACUUGGCAGGUUUCCCUAAAGCAUCGGCAUUCUGGUAUCGAUCGUGGUGGCUCUACAAUACAACUAACAUGAGCGCGAGUGCUCAUGAUCUCGUCACACGGCCGGCCAGGCUGCUCGAUGCAGAAGCUACAAAGCUGAUGGCAGAAAGUAAAGACCACAUGGGAUUCAUGAUUCACAUCGUAGAGCACUGGCAACCAGGUCAGGAAGGAACCAACAGGACAAUCCAUGCUUACACCAAUGCCCCAAUUGCCGAGUUGUUUGUCAAUGGAAAGUCAUUAGGCAUGCAGACUGUGGUAUGGUUUGGGUGGGCCGAGUGGCAGGAUGUUGUAUUUGCACCUGGAUCUCUAACAGCUGUAGCUCUUAUUGGAAAAAACAUGGUAGUUGCCAAUCACACUGUUGAAACGACCGGCAAGGCAGCUGCCGUACAGUUACAUGUAGAUGUUCCUAGUGAAGACACGGGCACAGGAACAAGGCUUCUAUUGGAUGGACAAGAUGCAGGUAUGGUGAGAGCUUCGAUUGUUGACUCUGCUGGACGAGUCGUCCCAGAUGCCUCACACAAUGUCACAUUUGAAAUCUUGAGUGGACCAGCACGCAUUAUUGGGGUGGGAAACGGCGAUCCAUCGUGCCACGAGCCAAACAAAGCAACCUGGAGAAGUGCAUAUCACGGACUGGCUCGAGUUAUUGUCCAAACGUCAGUGAAUCAUGCAGCAUCGCCAUUUCAUAGACACAGACUCACUCAAAUCGACGCAGAAGGAAAUAUUUUGACUCGUAUUGUGCCUCCUGGUUUGUCUCAGCCACCACCGCCACUCAUCGUGGUUCAAGCAACUGUGGAAGGGUUGGGUAGUGCAGACAUCCGAAUCAUGGUAACAGUUGAUGCAGACAACCACAGCGUACUGUCAACAGCAGAAAGAUGGAUGAGAAGCAAAUGAACCAGAAGUGACCAUUGAAUUUGAAUGAAUGUUUUUAGCAAUUGUAUUUCACAUUGCCUGUUGGCUGUCACAUAAAUGCAGUGCUGACUUGUCUCUCAAGCAUGUGCAUUUUUAUAUUUUUAUUUUCUUUUUUCUCACUGUUUCAAAUGAUGUCAUCGUAGAUGUUUAAACAGUAAAAGCUGUUGUUAUAUUUGACUGUCUCAAUUGAUGUUUCCUAUAAUUCUCAUGCUACUAAAGAAUUUCAACAUGAUGGCAAUGAACAAGAUGCAACUAACCAUACAGAGACAGACUGUCAUGCAUGUACGUGUACUUGAAGAUAAUAAGAGAAAACUGCCAAACAACCAACAGAAAUGACACCGCAGAUGAGAUAGCUGCACUUAACCUGUAAUAUAUGUGAUGUUAUCUAGACAUUCAACUAAAUUGAAGUGCCUCAUUAACAGUUUUCCUAUCGGUACUCAAGCAUCUGUAAAAGUGUUUUAUAGAGCAAUGGCAGACACUAAAAUUCAAUUAUCAUGCAGUCUAACGGAGAAUUGCAUGUCUUUCUCUCAUAGUGAAGAGACAUUGCUGAACCCAAUGCAACAAGCCUGAAAUCCCUUGAUUCAUCACAUCAAAUCUACUGUAUUUAUUGGCCUUGUCUGCAGUCAAAGAUAAGUAGAACAGCAGGAGUUACACUGUACCUGUUGCACUCCAGCUAUGUACAUGACUAACGACAAAUUUUGACAUCC